AGUUGCUUCCGGAGAUGCUGAGAGCAUUAGCAUAGUUUGUUCGUAGUCACAGGAGCAUCAAACUAACAUCAUCUCCGAAGAAACCUGUAGCACGAGCCACCAGUAUGUUCCAAUCCAGCGCAGCACCGCCGGCCCUUUCACCGGUGACCUCUCCGCAAAAUAACCGAGGUAGCCGCGGAGGAACGAUGGCGACCCAGCAGCAGCAGCAGCUUCCACAGCGGUUUGCUUCGCCCGAUGCGACCAAAUCUGGACAGCAUCAGGUUGGCUUAGUCGGGAGCUAUCGGAGUUUGCCGCUAUUAGCCUCGUCUCCGGUCGUUCUGGAGCAGCAACAGCUGCAAAUGAAUCAAAACUCGCCCGCAUCUUCGAGCAACCCGCUCAAUUACCCGGUAUGAAUUUCAAAAGUAUCGUACUCGAAUAAAUGCAUUACAAAUUUCCUCAGCACGAGAAAUAAAAUUUGUAAUGCGGAGUUGCAUCAAGAAAAUGAUUUGUCAUGCAAGACUUGCAUUUAUACGAAUGCGAUAUUUUUCCACAGGAUACCCGGUCUCCUCUCUCGAUCGCCGACGUCGCAACUACGACGAGAUCCAGACCCCUGCGGCGGUAUCGAAGAUGAUUCAGUACGGGCUAUGCAUGGCAAAAGUAUCGUACUAGUCUAAAAUGCAUUACAAAUAAUUUGCCCGAGAAAAAUAUUCAAUUUGUCAUGCUAUUUCAGGUAGAGGGUUGGAUUUGUCAUGCAUAUCUGCAAUUAGUACGAGUGCGAUACUUUUGCACAGGAUACGGGCCGAUAAAGAGCAAUGGGACAGGUGCGGGGGCAAGCGCUUUUUACUCCUAUGGAGGGAGUAGCAGUAGCACAAGCAACAUCAAGAGAGUUGGUGGUAGUAGCAGGGUGAUCGCGACAAAAACGCAUUCGGGCGGAGGUUCUCCCAGCAAGAACCUCGUGAUGGAGCAUAUAACCAGCGAGGGAUACCACGAAAACACUUCUACCUCCACCUCGCCAUCACCACUGGCGGCGGACGGCACAAACAUGACACUUUCACCGCACGAAAAUUACAAGGCCGCAACUUAUGUCGCUCAGUGGGAGGGUGAGCGAGUGGACGGAGGGGAAAGAAAAACGCCAGAGGGGCAAGGGAAAAAAAUUUUGAUGCAGGGCGGGGCCAGGCAUCUGCGCCGCUUCUUGCUGAAAGAACGAAGGCGGAGCGCCAUGGCGCCCGUGGUUCCCGUCGUUGUGCGAGCGCGAGGGCCCCGGCCGCACUGGGCGCGCGUUAGUUUGCGUGGCGGCAGGCCUUAGACCCAAGCAACACCGCAAAGCGCGGCAGCGGGCGGCCGCCAGUGGACGGGGGAAGAGGCCGCGCCAUGCGAGGUGCUGGCGCGUGACGCCUCGCCCGCGCGUUUGCGGUGUGGCCCUUUCGUGCCGCCUGCUUGUGUGCCCCGCCCCUGUGCGCCUUGGCGCCCCCCCCCCCCCCCCCCCGCCCUUCUCCCGCGCGCAGCCUUGCAGAACGGGGGCGCGCGGGGGCCUUUUCCGCGCGCGUGGAUGGAGGACGGGCGCCGGGGCGGGGCAUUCAUUGCCCUCCAGGCGCAGGGGCCCACCACCCUCCCCCAGCACCCCCGGACAACAACGGCGCCCCCCGUGUUGGCCCACAUGCAAUCUGUUGCGCCCCUGCCUGCUUCCCUCGCGCGCACCCCCCAAGACAGAGACGACAAAUGGUGGCGCCCUCUGCCGGCCUCUUCGUGAACAGAGGGAGGGCGCCGGGGAAGGGUGGUGGGCAGCUGCUCGCCUGCAAGCCUGGCGCUAGGGCGCGACUUUCCCUUCGCGAACAGAGGGAGGGCGCCGGGGGAGGGUGGUGGGCAGCUGCUCGCCUGGUGUUUGGCCGUCGGUGGCGUUCCCCAGACGGCGGCAGACGCCUUCUCAGUGCAUUUCCAGCUGGAAACAUUUGGAAAAGCCAUCUGCAGCGCAUUUCCACCUGGAAAUGCAGCCGCAGACGCCUUUUCAAUGCAUUUCCCACCUGGCCUGUUCAAAGUGUUUCCAGCUGGAUUUCCAGCUGAAGAGGCCUGCUCCAUUUCUAUCUGGAAAUCCAGCUGGAAACACUUUGAGAAGGCACUUGCAGCGCGGGCUCUGCUGCAAUUUCAGGCGAAGCAAGACCCCUCAAGGCAUAUGCAGGCGGAAUUUCGGGCGGAGAUGCCCAAGGGCAUUCCCAGGGGGGAUUUCGGGGCUUUUCGGUUUUUUUUCCAGAGUUGCUGCGUUUAGCACAGCAAUUCUGGCUACCCAGGAGAAAGAUUCCCAAUAGGAUGGCGGGAGGGUGUCUUCAGGAUAGUUGGAGGAUAUUGGCAACGGAUGGAAGAAGUUUGCUUUUUUACCCGAAUUGCUGCGCUUAGCACAGCAAUUCUGGCUACCCAGGGGAAACAUUUCCCAAUAGAAUACCGGGAGGGUAUCAGGAUAAUGAGGGGAUAGUGGCGUAGUGGGAUGAUGGUGCGGGUAAGGGGAGGGAGAAUAUUGUUUGUUUUCCCCGAGUUGCUGCGUUUAGCACAGCAAUUCUGGCUACCCAGGGGAAAGAUUUCGCAAUAGGAUAGGCGGCACUCCAUGUACAGCUCGCAGGGAUGCGAUCGCCGCCUCCGGUCUUCGGCUGCCUGAUCGCGUUGUUCUCCUCGGACGCGCGACCAGCUGGAGUUUUUUUCCCCUAGGGAUUUCAGUAAGGAAGUGAAGCGGGGAGAAAAGUCUGGUUGGGAGUUUGUUGCGAAAUAUUUUCGACGGGGCCCGCGAAAUAUUUUGCGUGGCAAAAUAUUUCGAGCUGGAAAAUAUUUCGAGCUGGGAAAUAUUUCGAGCUGGAAAAUAUUUCGAGCUGGGAAAUAUUUCGAGCUGCAAAAUAUUUCGAGCUGGAAAAUAUUUCGAUGUGGGAAAUAUUUCUAGCGGGGAAAUAUUUCGAGUCGGAAAACAUUUCGAGCUGGAAAAUAUUUUAAGCUGGAAAAUAUUUUUUCGAGCUGGAAAAUAUUUCGAGCUGGAAAAUAUUUCGAGCUGCAAAAUAUUUGAAGCCGCAAAAUAUUUGAAGCCGCAAAAUAUUUGAAGCUGCAAAAUAUUUGAAGCCGCAAAAUAUUUGAAGCCGCAAAAUAUUUGAAGCCGCAAAAUAUUUGAAGCCGCAAAAUAUUUGAAGCCGCAAAAUAUUUGAAGCCGCAAAAUAUUUGAAGCCGCAAAAUAUUUGAAGCCGCAAAAUAUUUGAAGCCGCAAAAUAUUUGAAGCCGCAAAAUAUUUGAAGCCGCAAAAUAUUUGAAGCCGCAAAAUAUUUGAAGCCGCAAAACAUUUGGCCGCUGGCCGUUUGCGACUUGGCCGUUGGCCGUUUGCGAUUUGGCCGUUGGCCGUUGGCCGUUUGCGAUUUGGCUGUUGGCCGUUUGCGGUUUGGCCGUUGGCCGUUGGCCGUUUGCGAUUUGGCCGCUGGCCGUUGGCCGCUGGUCGUUUGCGAUUUGGCCGUUGGCCGUUGGCCUUUUACGAUUUGGCCGUUUGCCAUUUGGCCGCUGGCCGUUUGCGAUUUGGCCGUUGGGCGUUGGGCGACUUCCCAAAUCGCGACAGCUUUGGAAAGUUUGAAAAUUGUAAAAAAACUUUCGGCGUGGACGAUUUUCCUCCCCGUCGCAAAGUUUUAACUCACACCGCUCAGCGAUAGGAGUUAUAACCUCGCUCCUGGCGCACGCGCAGCAGGAGCAGCUCCAGAGGUGGACACCAGUCCGUCAUUCCGGAAGCCUUUCGGCCGCGACCAGGUACUACUGUCGCACAGCGAGGCGGCUGACCGAAAAAAGCUCUUGUCGAUGCUGCAGCAGAAUACUAAUCACAGCGGAGCAGUGACCACGUCAACAGUGUCCUCGCACGAAAAUACCGCAAAAGCAGGACAUCAGAGGAAGAGAUUACUGGAAAAGCAGAUGGAAAGGAACGGUAAACCAAACACAGUCAAAGCGCCUCCGAAUCUCAACGCGAGCCCACGCAGCACGCGAAAGCAGGGCGGUUCUAGUGCAACAUCCUCGAGUCCCAACCGGCCAAGGCAACGGCUGGACCACGCGCUCGCUCCUUUGAAUAAAGACGCUGACGUUGGGGGAACGCGAUCGUUGCACACUAGCACCGGAGCUGUUGCUGGCGCAGCCUUCGCGGAGCAGCUGCACCUGCAGGAACAAGUAGAACAGAAGAACUACUACAGUCGGCGGCAUCAAGGCGCCAUGAGCACUAACGGAGUCCUCGCUGAGAAGGAACUGCACCAUCAAAUGCAGAAACACAACUCGUCCGAGCAGGUGAAGUCUGUUUCGCCUGGUGGCCCUCGGCGAUUUCGGCUGCCACCCGAGGUGGACAAACAGCAGGACGAUAGUGUGCGGAGCAUUGACAAUGAUGGAGAUGAAACAAGCAAAGACCAUUCGACCAAGACGGCGAAUAGAUCUCCGAAGAAGAAGAACAAGUCGCCUUCACAGCAGAACCAAAAUAAGUCCAGCUCGUUCACGGCAACCCACGCCCCCUACGUGUCCAACGUCCGCACGCGCGUGGGAGCGAACGGAGAAACGCUACCUCGGUGGCGGCUCCGACGCCAUAACGAAAAGCAGCAGGUGCGGAGCUUGGUCCAGCAGGAUGAGGACGACUAUUGGGACGCGUUUUUGUUUGGAACCGUGCCGCGCAACAAGCGGGGACCGGAACUGUUUUCCGCGUGGCCGAGCAUGUACUGUGCGAAUUCGUUGUCGAAUGAGAUGAACAUGAACAAUCUAGACGGCGCGGCACAAAAUAAAUCGCCAGAACACCAUUCUCCUGGACGAGGCGACGGAGCGACAAACUCAAACCACCGCCCCAGUUCCUCCAACCGCGCCUCCCCCCUACUCUACUACCCAAACAGUCCCCUGCAGCAAGUGGAACAGGCACUGUCCCCGCUCUUCGCUUCCGCCGCGCACCAGGCAGCGCCGUUUUCCACCCAGCCAGGCACCGGGACUUUGGUCGAGGACGGAGUCUGGAUGCCGGAGAAGUUGAAGCAGUGCGACAAGCACAUUGUCCCGAAAGUGGUGGAGAAGUUGAACCUGACAAAAGUGGAAAAUCCGGAGCAAGCGCGGAUUGUGUGGUGUCAGGAUAGGGAAGACUUGGAUAAGUUCUUACAGCAGGCCAGGGUCGUGAACGCGCGCGCGGCAAAACAAGAGCGGGAGAGGCAGCAGGCGUCACAGAUGGUCGACAGAUUAGCUUCCGUCGUUGGGCACGCGCACGCGGCGGUGAUUUUAGGGAGCAGCGCAGCAACAUUACGGUGCCCGCCGCCGUUCUACGCGAGCGCGACAACGGCCUCGAACGCUGCUCAGAAUAGUGCUUCUUCGUCGAGGCCCGGGACGUCGCAGGGGGGCAAUAAGUUGCGUAAAAACUUCUACGUGGGCGCGGCUGCGGGGGAUAAUGUCGGUGCGUCUGGAGCAGGUGCGCCUGACGUUGUUCACAGUACGACCUCUAGUCCCGCGCGACCACGCUCUCGCGGCGGUUCGGUGCCGUAUCUGACGAGUAGUGGGAUAGACAACUUCCACAGUGGUGCGGCCACCACGCCAUUAGGAGCUACCGCGGCUUGUGGCUCCCCGACGCGCAUGCUCCGCCCCAACUCCGGCGCACGGGCAGGAGCGGCGGGGUUGAAUGGAAGUAAUUCUGGUAAUCAUCUUAUGCGUUCGCCCUCAAGAGUAUCGACCCCAGCGUCGCCAUCGAAACCGACUUCUGCCACUGGGACUACAGUCGCCACGAACACCAUCCAGCGGGGAGGGGCCGCGGGAGGAAGCUCUUCUUCCAAGGCAGCAGGAUCAAGUGAUAGGCACAGCAAGGCAACGCCAACAGGCCUCGGGCUCCUGUCGCAACGACCACAAUCUCUCUCUGUAGUUACGGAUUCAAACAUCAGAAACAAAGCCACGAUCGACGAUGUAGCACAGUUGUCCAAUUAUGGCAAGAGCAAUGCGGAGCCGGGGCCUGCAGCUCCUGCGCCGAAGGAAGAUGCAGAUAACGGUAACAAGGACGAUGUUUUGUCCAAAAGCAGUAACUCCUCCUCAUCUUCUUCUUCCUCGAAAGGCAGCAGCUCCCCAGACGGUGACUUCGUCGUGCGCGAUGUAUCCCCCGAUCGACUAGACCAUCUCCGAGCAAAGCUUGGACUGAAGACCACGAACAAAAAUAUUAAAGCUGUGUCCUCUAGAUCACCAUCGAAUCGAAAGCCUUCCUUGCAGAGUGAAAUCUUGACAAGCGGGGGUAAAGCAGGUGGCGGUCCAGGAUCAGAAACCAACAGUAAGAACCCCUUCUGCUUCUACCAGGAACCCCCUGGAGCUGCUAGCGCGACAAAUCCCAGCACUCCCUCGAACAAAGACGGUAUUAAUAACGCCAGCAUCAACUCGGUUUCCCUACCUCCAGACGACAAGAGUGUGAGCCUGCUCUUCCAAGAGGGCAUAAACAUUGUCAACAAAGGCGGCACGGCCACUGUAGUGCCGGAGGAGGAAAUUAGAAAAAUAGCGGAUGUUGAAGAGGAGGUUUUUCCGCCCAGGAAUGAGGAAGGGAACAAGACAGGUGAGAAAAAAAGCGCGGAUCAACAUGAAGCCGGCGGUGACGAUGCAGCUGAAAAUAAAGAUGCGUCAUCUCCUAAUACAAAAGAACGCAAGCCCUGGAUGGGUUCGAACGCUUACCGAAAUUUCUACAACCCGACCAUCCUGGAGCGCGACGUGAUCUACGUAAACCGCUUCCCACAGAUGUUCCACAUCACGCGGAAAGAUUUGCUUGCCCGGAACCUCCAGGGCCUGCACCGCAUGCUCCCGGAUGACUUUAACUUCUACCCGCCUACCUAUUGCCUAUCCACCGACCGGAGACAGUUGACGCGGUACCUCGGUUUUCGCUUCAGCUCCGCCGCGAACAGGCUGUUGCUUCCGCCGGGUGAGAAAAAUCUGGAGGACAACGGAACAUCAAGCGGAGCGAAUGGUGGUCGCGGCGGGCAGAAUGCGUCGUCGGGUGCGGAUAGCAAUAAGGACGGAGCGGAGUACAACGGCGGGGCGUACGACUCCUUGGGUCAGCUCCAGUGCCAGGGCUUGUGGUUCACGGGGUUGCUAGGUGGGCGGCACGCACAGGAACGGGCGAGGUUGCGAUUGAUACGACGGGAGCCGGAGUCCCCGUUGCUCGCGGCAAUUCAGUCGCCGUUGACACCUUUGCACGAACCCCCGAUCUUUCCCACCAGCCCGGGGAAGUCGCCGGGCGGGCAUCGAGGAGCUACUUCUGUUGCAGCAGCUCUGGAAGUGGUGAAGGAAGGCCAGCCGGCGGGGUCGCCGAAUGGACGGAAUGGUGCGAGGGAAUCUGCUGGUUCUAACGGGGGAAAAGCGAAAGGAGAAAAUCAAAAUGGCCACGACGACGAAAAUCAAAAUGCGAGUGACGACAACGAAGACACGUCUAUGCGGCCACGGGGGAAGCGGUGCACUUUCAUUCUCAAGCCCGCGGACGGUUCGAAGGGGAACGGAAUUCGGUUAGUGCAGAUCACGGCGGACGUAUCCACAGUAAAUUUCGCGUACACGUACAAACGCAGUCUGUGCAUGACAAAACUUGCCUUCAGUCCUAGCCUAGCAUGACAAGUUGGACACUGCAAGCUAGCGAAAUUUGUCAUGCAUUUUGUACAUGUACGGAAAAUUUACAUUGCAUAGGACGCGUUUCGGGCGGGAACUUGGGGCGACCAGAUAACGAAGCAGAUACAGGAGGUUGUGGGGGAAGGUAGAGUUGUAGUUUUCAAAUCUAUGCAAGUAAGAAAUGUCUUCGUAUAAUUUGUUCGGUUGCAGCAUCUGUGGAGAUGUUAUACGAGUAUAACCAGCAGCCAGACUCAUUUAUCAGAAUAAAAAUCCCCUUCAUCCUCGUCUUCUAUCCAGGCGACAUGACGAGCGCCCUGCAGAACGAGCGAAGGUUUCUCCUGCAACGUUACGUGACCGCGCCCGCUACGUUGGAGCACGAUUUGAAGUGGGACGCGAGGGUCUACGUGCUGGUCACCGGCACGCGACCCGAGCUCAAGGCCUACCUCUUCGACGAGGGGCUAGCGCGCCUUUGCACGAACAGCUACCAGCGCCCCAGACCGCAUAAUGUCAAGGAGUUCGGACGGCACCUGACGAAUUUCAGUAUCAACUGGAAGGAAGACGCGUUUCACGACAGCGGAGAGCCGCACACAGGGUCGAAAAGGAGUCUGAAAUGUGUGCUGCAGCAGAUCAGCAAGCAAUACGGCAUGCGGGUGGAGCAGCUCUGGCUCCCCAUCGCGGACGUGGUGGCGAAGACGUUGCUGGCUGUAGCGCCGUAUGAAAUGCAAAAGCAUCGUACUAGUAAGAAUUGCAAUACAAAUUGGCUCAGCAUUACAAAUUGGAUUUGCCUUAGGAACUGGAUUUGUAAUGCAUGAAUGCAAUUAGUAGCAGUGCUUUUGCACUGCAUACGCCGAAACUAGACGUGGCAAACCGAAGGAUGUUCCCGAGAAACGUCCGACCGUUCCAGUUGCUGGGCUUCGAUGUCAUGUACUGAUUUUUUUUCAAGAUUUCCGUUUCCGUUUGUUAAAUAGGUUCGCUUUAUUACUUCCUUGUUGAUCAUGUCUGGUAGUGCUACCGGGACAGGUACUACUGUAGUCUGUUGAAUUGUUCUCCAGUAGUAGAAGUCGAUACAGCCCUUAGGUGAACGAGAUCAAGGCGGGAAUUGUUCAUACAUCUGAUACAAGCACGUACAGAACCCGAACCUGCUAACGCAACAAUGAAGACUAGAUGUGAUCCUCGUUCUUGUCCGCUGCAUUGUUUUCUGUUUUUGAUCCUACUCCUAGCCCAGAAGUUGCCAUAGAACACGAAGCGUCCGAAACGGCUCUAAUAUACACCCAUUGGACACGUCCUUGAUACUUGAUGGUUUGGUUCUUGCGAGAGGGUGAUAUUAACUAGUUGAGAGCUUUUUCAAGAUCCUGCGCCGUUGUUCAACAUACCAGAAGUUUUUCAUUCUGUUUCGAAGAUUUAGUGUCUGUCUGGUAGACAUCAUAGAUCUUCGGGCGCGUAUCUAUCGCUCUCUUCCCCUACUUUCUCCUACCAAAAAAGGUUUCACAACGAUUUGUCGAAGUGCUGGCUCCUGGAGGUGAACCACGACCCAUCGCUCUCCGUGCUCACCUACGUGGACCGGGUCAUCAAGGGAAAAUUAGUCGCGCAGAUUUUCGAACUCAUCGGCGCGGUGGAUGCGGAUCCGGAAGACCAAGUGGAUCAUUGGGCGCCCGGGUUGCUGCGCGACGAAUCCGAGGCGGAGUACACGAAAAUGCGGGAGAAGGACAAGAAAAAGCGGAAAAGAUCGAGUUUGGCGAAGAUGCACGGGUAUAUUGAAAUUUUAUGUAGCGGAAAUUCCAAAAUUUGUUUUUUUCUGCGUUGGCAUUAUAGAUGACAUCAACUAGUGCUGCGCGAGCGCGAUACGCUGCACAACCAUCCCCUGGUACUGGUUGUGCAUCCCUCACAAAAAUGAUGCGAAGCAUUUGACCUGAUGCUCUGCAGGCCCUUAGUUGUGGCCGGUGAGGAUCAAACAAAUAUUUCCAAAGUUCUUUCUGAGACAAAUAAAACGAUCACUGAUACGUUUUUGUGGUUCUCCUUCGAGGAGGUCGCGAAGGUGCAGUGGUAGAAAACGACAUUAAAAUCAUCGGAUGAUCUCCUUUCUUGACCUGAUGCUCUGAGGGAAGCAGGGUUCCUUGCUGACCCCAGUGCAGAAAAUAAUGGAGCUCGGUCUGAUCUUAGGACGUCGACGUCGCAAGGUGUUGUGCGUACAUGUUACUCAUUUUUGCGCAUUUUACUAGGCGCUUUGCUCCUUAAGGCGCAACGGAAUCUAAUAGUCGACCGCAUUUCAUCUCGUAAAAGAUCGCUCUAUCAUGAUGACCAAUCUUAGUUCAUGCAUGGCUUGCUCGAGGCUUGCCGGUGUGGAUAACUAAUUCGAUACUUUAUGUCUGAUACAAGGACGUGAUCAUUUACAUUUUCCAGGCACGAUUGAACCAAAACGCAAAGUGCUUCCGAUUGGACAUGCGAUGCAACCAUGCUUCUUGGUUGUUGUCGCAUUGUUCUGGGUCUUGGCGUGCCCGCCAGAGGCGAUCAGCAGUCGUAAAGUUUAAAGCAGUGCAGUUCCUUUUUCGACAGCACAUGGGUGCAGGAGCUAAAGCACGUACGGAAUAAGUGUACUGUGCUGGAGAAAGAACUAAAACCAAUAUCAACUGCACCGCAAAAAAAAUCACACUCUACAUUCAGGUUGGCGCCCGGGGGUAGGCUCCUCUCCGGCGAGGACAGCGAGACGGACUGGACGGAGUGCGAGGAUGUCACCUCUGACAACGCCAGACUGCAAAAUGCCCCCCGAAGCGGCACCCGGGGCCGGCGAAACAGGGACCACUCGCACUCGGGACUUUUGACGGAGAAUUUUGUGAAUUUCUACGCCACGGCGAAUUUCAUGCAUUUGCUGCCCAUCACAGCCGAGAUGCACGGACAGUAUUUUCGCACUUCACAAUUUAAAUUUACUUCGGUUCCACUCAUCUGUGCUCUUGAUGUGAUAAAUGUCUGUUGAUGUUGCACUUCAGUCACCGUUACAUCCCGUGGACGCGAGAGAUUUCAAGGGAAUUCUAUUCUCGUAGUUGAGAAGAGCAAGAGGUGAAGCUAGCUAGAGAGUGCGUGGUCGAGGUAGUUACAAUCCAAACGAGAAAUGUGAGAAAAAUGAAAUUCCAGGGCUUGCCACGACAAGGCCCGGGAGAUUUACUCCGUCGCGGUUGCGCACGCCAGUAAGUGGCUUGAAUUUUCCGCGGAACACCUCUACGACGGGGAGAAAGAGGGUGGGAUGGCGGCUUCUGGAACUGCGGAGCACGUUAUCGCGCAAGGCGAGAGUAGAUCGCCGGUGAAGUGA